AUGGCUUCUCCCACUUGCUCUGUAGAGGAAUUCACCAGCACGGCCUUCGACUAUGUCAUCUGCGGCGGAGGAACAGCCGGACUGGCAAUCGCAGCACGUCUGAGUGAGAACCACAAUGUGACAGUCGGCGUCAUUGAAGCGGGGAAGUAUCGCAUCGGAGAUCCUCUGGUUGAUACUCCUGCCGCCUUCACGCAGAUGUUCGAGAACCCCGAGUAUGACUGGUGCAUGUAUACAUCGCCGCAGGAAGCAAACAAUGGUAAAGUGCACCAUAUCCCACGAGGCAAAGCCCUCGGUGGUUCCAGCGCUAUCAACUACAUGAUGUAUGUCCGAGGCUCGCUGCAGGAUUAUGAUGAUUGGGCGGAACUCGCCGAGGAUGAAGGAUGGUCUGCAGAGAUCAUGCAGCGAUAUAUGCGAAAGCAUCAGGAGAAGACCCUGGAGCCAAUCGAUCCUUCAAUCACAGAUGCAUCGACAAUGCCCCUUGUAGGCCAGUUCCAUGGCACAAGCGGCCCUGUCCGAACAAGCUUCAACGAUACCAUAAUGCCAGUGGAGAACGACAUCAUCAAGGCCUGCGAAGAAAUAACAGGUAUUCCAAAUAAACCUCUCGACCCCUGGAGCGGCGACCAUAUUGGGUUCUACCAUACUCUUGGUUCAGUCGUACGUACUGGCCCGAAUAAAGGUAAGCGCAGUUAUGCUGCGCGCGGAUACUACGAGGCAAAUCGUGAGACAAGACCAAAUCUGAAGGUGCUUUGUGAAGCACUUGUUAACAAGGUCAUUUUGGAUGGUAACAAGGUCUCUGGUGUGAGUCUGAGCCAUGGGGGCAAUGAGUAUCAAGUUUCUGCAAAGCGCGAGGUCGUUGUUUGCGGUGGAACGAUCAAAUCGCCUCAGAUCCUGGAACUGUCUGGCAUUGGUGAUCCGGAUGUUCUUGCUGCUGCCGGUGUUGAAUGCAAGGUUGCCAACCCUGCCGUCGGAGCAAAUGUACAGGAUCAUUCGAUCUCCUUGACCACGUUCAAUGUCCAACCUGGCAUUGUCACGCUGGAUACACUCGCUCAAGUCCCGGAGGCUAUGCAAGCUGCAGCUAAGCAGUAUGCUGAAACUGCAGGUGGGCCUUUGAGCUGCGUUGCCAGUAUGCAGGGAUUCUUCCCUGCGAAGAGUAUACUGUCUGAGGAGGAAUUUGAGGGUGUUUUGAAGAGUGUCCGGGAUGUUCAGCCGACGAGUGCUUUCCACGAGAAACAGCUGAAGCAGGUGCUUGCUCAUUUGGAGAGUGAUCAUUCGGCUAAUUUGCAAGUUGUGCUUGUUCCUGCCACUAUGGAGCCUGAGGGUAUUGAGCAUCAAGGUAAACUCAUUGCGCCUAGGUCUGCGGAUCAGCCUGCUGCGUUUACCUUUGCUAUGUGUUUGCAAUAUCCUGUUGCGAGGGGGUCUAUUCAUAUCGAGAGCGCCGAUCCAACUAAACCUCCCGUCAUCAAUCCCAACUACGGCGGCCACGAGGCAGAUAUAUCCCUCCUCGCUGCUGCAAUUCGUUGGAGUGAUCAAGUUAGUGAAUCUUCGCAUCUCAAGCCUUCUAUCCUGAGCCGUGCAUACCCUGAGCCGGAGGUGGAUUUGCAGGACUUUGAGAUCGCCAAAAAGGCAGUUCAUGACCUUAUCGCGGGCGAGUACCAUAUCUGUGGCUCGGUUGCAUUGGGCGAUGCGCUUGAUUCCCGAUUGAGGGUCAAGGGUGUUGAGGGGCUUCGGGUUGCUGAUGCCUCUAUCUUCCCUAACAAUGUUAGUGGAAAUAUUGUUUCUAGUGUUUAUGCUGUUGCUGAGAAGGCGGCGGAUCUAAUUCGUGAGGAUUGGGAUUUCAAGCCUGUUCCCAGAGCUGUGGCUUGA